AUGAGUACAGAAAUAACGAAAAAAGAAAUACAUUUAAUUAAGUUAGAUAUCGACGGAACCAGCACUAACCCAGAUUUCUCCACUUUAAAUCAAAAACUAAAAAAAGUUUUACAAAAAUUAAAGGAACGAGGCCAUAAAAUCUGCUUCACAACCGGACGGAAUUAUUUAUCAGCCUUGCCUUUUUAUCAAGAAGUCGGCUUAGAUACUUUUUUAGUCACCUACAACGGAGCUUACAUUAAUAACCCUUCUAAAAAUAACGCCGAAGAAUUAGUGCUUAAUCCAAUUGCUAACCAAACUGUUAAAGACAUUUUAAAUGAGCCAAUAAUCAAACAAAAUCUUCAUAAUGCCUUGAUUGAUAAAAUAGACCGCAAAACUAUUAGCACCAGUGAUGAUAUUUAUUAUGAAGAGAUUUUUUUUAAUGGCAAUCCCUAUACUAAAGGAGAAAAUAUUUUACAACUUCUAGGGGAACAAGACGCUUUACAAUUAGUUUUAGAAUUUUCCAACAAGGAGGAAAUGCUUAACAAUAUUUUAAUGUUGUUGCGUAGCAAAUAUAGUGCCUCCAUUACUUUUUAUUUUGGCAGCAAAUUAAAGGCCAAGACUCCUGGAGAUAAAGUCCUUGUUCCCGAUCCAGAAAAAACUAUCAUAAAAAUUCGCAACAAGUUCGCUAGCAAAGAAUUGAUGCAUAUGGUUGGUAAAGGUAUUGCCACUGCCGACAGUGAUAAUUAUUUAAAAGCCUACGCCUAUGGAAUAACCGAUUUUGGAGUCCUUAAUAGCGACGGAGUAGCCCAAUUUUUGGCUAAGCAUUUUGAAACUAAAAUUACAUUUACAAUAACAAAAAUAAUAAAUCCUACCGAAAUCGAAAUUAACAAAAUAGAUUUUCCAACUGGCGAGGGUGAUGAAAAGGCUAAAAUUACAAAAAUAUUUUUCUUUGGAAAGGAAAGUGCUGAGGGCAUUUUUGAGGCUAAUAAAACUUACCAAAUAACUUUUGAUGACUCAGAAGUGAAGGAUGACCGACAACCAACUAUGACUCACAGUGCUCAGGCAGGUGGCUUUGCCAUGGGUCCAGAACCAAAAAAUCUCCCUAACAAAUUAAUUCUAGAAGAAGAUGAAAAAUUAAGAGUGGUUUAUAAUAAUAAGGACACUAUUAAAAUCACCGAACAAAAUUCCCAAGGUGGUGGAAGUGGAGAAGAGACGUCAACAGAAGAUACGGGAAGCACAGGAAAUAGCCAAUCCUCUGGCAACAAUUCGCAAAAUGAGGAUUUGAAUGAUAAAGAGAACUCGGGAACAAAGCCAGAAGGAAACAAUUCCGAAGAUACUUCUAAUUCCAACCAAGGGAAUGAUAAUGACAACCAAACUCCUCCUCCCAGCAAUCAGCCAACUCAGGAGGAAAUUAAUAAAGCCAAUGAAAAACUGAAUCAAGCCAAAGAAAGUGGCGAUAAUGAGAAAUUAUCCGACGCCAUAAAAGAUAAAGAAAAAUUAAAAGACAAGGGUGCUGAAAAGUCAACCGAGGAUGAGACAGCCGAAAAAGCAGCCCGAGAAGAAUUGGCGAAAGACAAAGAAAAAUAUCGACAAACGAUUUUCGAAGUUAUUGAGGAUAAAAUGAAAAAUAAUGGCGUUAAUGUUGACGAUUUGGAUACAGAGCCAAAAACUAAAUUAGAGAAGUUAAAAAACAAGGAAAUUACCGAAAAAAAUGAAGUCGACCAGGCUGAAAAGGAAAUAACUAAAAACACUUAUGAAAAAGCCGCAACUAAAAAAUAUUCUGACAAUUCGAAUUACCAGUCAAAAAAAUCCGAGGCUGAAGCGUUAAUAAAAAAAUUAGAAAAUGCUUUGAAAAAAAAUAAUAAUUCCAGCGAAUCUAAGGAUAAUAAUGAUGGCAUUCCUUUAAAAGUAGUGAUUCCGGUUGCUCUGGCAGGGGUUGCCUUUCUAGUUGGAGCGAUUAUUUAUACUCGCAAAAGAAGGUUAAAAAAUAGUUAA